AUAUAUGGCAACACUAACGAAAAGCGCAGCGCAACGGAAAAUCAAUACUUUUGUACUGAUGUAUUCGCCUUUUUUAAAAUGAGAACGUGACAAAACUUUAAUUUAAGUCAUCGAAGGAAACCAUUUAAUUUAGAAAAAAAAAAAUCUGUCGCGCGUCUUGAUGUUCAAUUAUUAUUUAUUUACUUAGUGAUGAAGAACCUCUUGGUUACGGCGUGGUAGUACCUCUGCUCGCUUGAUUAUCUGCAUUUUCUUCAAAUUUUAGCUCUACGAAUUUUGUUAAGUAAGGUCAAGGAAUAUACAUUAUACACGAAUAUAAUUAUAAGCUAAAAUGGAAGAACUGAAUGGGGACCUGUAUGGGGAUGGUCUGGUUAUUUUACCUGAAGAAGGGUCUCUGGAGCCCAUCGAUAAUGGGAAUCAAGAGCAAAAUUGUAACAUUUGCGACAAUAAGUUAUGCAGUCCUCGAGUAUUGUCUUGUCUUCAUGUUUUCUGCGAAGCAUGCAUAGACAAACUGAUGGUGAACGAAGCAGGGGACACAUUAAAGUAUGAUUUGGCCGUUGAAUGCCCAAUAUGCAAACAGGAAACGAAGAUAUCUGGUGGCGGAGCUGCUUCUCUUCCAUCAGACUAUGUCCUCACCAACAUUCUGGAUGUAUCGGCCAUGGACCAAUCCGUGGUUUGCACUUGCUGCAAGAGCAAGGAACCGGCUGUUGCCAGGUGUACCGACUGUUCCCACUUCUUGUGUUCCAACUGCAAUUCCGCUCACGAGUUCAUGAGGUGCUUUGAAAACCACCGAGUGGUACCGUUUGAUGCCUUGCGGUCGUCGAAAGAGAAAGCCGCCGUGCACAAGCCAAUCUUCUGUUCGCGCCACAUCGGAGAGAGCCUGAAGUUUUAUUGCUGCGAGUGCGAAGUCGGAGCUUGCACGGAAUGCCUUACUAUCGAACACAAGGUGGGAGAACAUCGCUGCGAGCGCAUCGUCGAUGCCGAACCCAAUCUGCGAGCCGAGCUCCGGACUCUCAUCACCGAAGCCACCGCGCGAGCGGCCGCAGCCGGCAGCGCCUCCACCCGUCUGGACGACGCGCUCGGAGACUUGCAGCGUCAGCGCGAUGACGCCGAAAAUGUUGUCAAUGAGGCUUUCCACGCGUAUAAAGCGGCUCUCGAGAGACGCCGCGAAAAGGCACUCGAACAACUGGAACGGCUCCACAAGGAGCGGGAACUCAAGGUUAUGGACCUGUUUGACAGGGUAGACAAGACUGUGCAGCGCAUAGACACCGCCUGCAAAUUCGCAGCGAGGCUUCUCAAUUCCGGCGACGGUACCGAAAUCGUAAUGCUAAAAAAGAUCGUGGCGUCGCAAUUCUCUCGCUUACUGGAAGGCGCUCCCCAAUUCGAUGUCGAUUACUCCCUGGAAUUCGUUUCCAAGAUCGACAAGUUCGACGCCGUCACCGAGGACACCUUCGGGGUCUUUCGCACUGAAGCGACUCGCGCAGAGGAGAGAAAGCGCGCCAGCGAGUCUUCGGCGAUCGUCUCCGUGACGUCCAAUUGUCACUCUCCCGCCGUAUCCGUGACCAAUACGCCCGUGUUCGACGACUAUCCCAUGGGCAACGUGCGCCGCGUCACCGGAGUCGGAAGCAUCGUGGGGGUUCCGGGGGUCAGCGGACUGCCCACCAUCGGAGUUCCGGGCGUGGGGCCGGUCGCCAACAACAGCGUGAUCCCCGUGAGCAACGUGCCGGCGCUGCCGUGCGCGUCCAUGGUGGAGUACAACCUGCAGCAGCUGGCCAGCAUCGCCGAGAAGGACGCGCCGCCGCCGCCGCACGCGUCCCCCGCGCCCGCCUUCACCCUGGCCGAGCUGCUGGCCCAGGACCUCAACUCGCCUCAGGCGUACAACAACCUGCAGGCGCUCGCCAAACUGGGCUUGAACACGGAAGUGAACGGGUUUGGUGGAGUGGUGGGGUCGGGCGGGCUGGGCGGGCGCGGCGUGUCGCCGGGCAGGCCGCUGCUGACGGCGGCCGAGGAGGCCUCGCUGGUGGCGCCGCCCGCGCCGCUGGUGCGCGCCACCAAGGCCACGCCCAUGCACAUCCGGUUCAAGUUCGGACAGCUGGGCGGCGGGAAGGGGCAGUUCAACUCCCCCCACGGGUUCUGUCUCGGCAACGACGAGGACAUCAUCGUCGCCGACACUAAUAAUCAUCGUAUUACGGUGUUCGACAAGUCCGGCAACCACAAGUUCAACUUCGGCGUGGCCGGCAAGGAGGAGGGGCAGCUGUGGUACCCGCGCAAGGUGGCCGUGGUGCGCGCCACCGGCAAGUUCGUGGUGUGCGACCGCGGCAACGAGCGCUCGCGCAUGCAGAUCUUCACCAAAAACGGACACUUCCUGAAGAAGAUCGCUGUGCGGUUCAUCGAUAUCGUUGCCGGAUUGGCUGUCACCGCUGAAGGCCUCAUCGUAGCAGUAGACAGUGUCACACCCACAGUCUUCAUCUUGUCGGAGGAAGGCGACCUCAUGAGCUGGUUCGACUGCAGCGAGUGCAUGAGGGAGCCGUCAGACAUUGCCAUAAGCGGCAAAGAAUUCUACGUGUGCGACUUCAAAGGGCACUGCGUGGUCGUGUUCGACGACGAGGGCCACUUCCUGCGGCGCAUCGGCUGCGAGAACGUGACCAACUUCCCCAACGGCAUCGACGUGUCGGACGCCGGCGACGUGCUCAUCGGCGACUCGCACGGCAACAAGUUCCACGUCGCCGUGUUCUCGCGCGACGGCGUGCUCGUCACGGAGUUCGAGUGUCCCUACGUCAAGGUUUCGCGUUGCUGCGGUUUGAAGAUAACCUCCGAAGGCUACAUAGUCACUCUGGCUAAGAAUAAUCACCAUGUUCUAGUCCUCAACACCCUAUACAUUGUCUGAGGAGAGUAACUCGAUGGCUGUAAGUCUGCAUACUACGAGAUCUCACAUUUAUUCCCUUUAUUUUAUAUUUAAUUGCUGUUUUACAAGCUUAACAUUUUUUGCUAAACCAGUAUUUGAUUUUUGUUAUUUUGUGUUAAAUUUCAUGUUAUGUUUAGUCGGAUUAUACCACCCUGUCUGCAUGCAGUGAGCUACUUUAACCCAAGAGUUGCCUCCGUUAUUGAAAUAUUGCAAUAACGAGGAGACCAGUUACUAGUAGGUAUACUAGGUAUCUUUGACUGCUUGUAGACAGGACAUUCGAGUCAUUAUUUCCAAAGCACUGAGUACUUGCGUAUAUUUGUCGGUUUGUUUUCGUCUCAGUUUAUUAUGAUUGCAUUUAGUUAUAGUGAAGGAAAAUCCAAAGUUUAGAGUAUUUGUUUUUAUUAUACAUAUUGUUUGUUUCCUAAAUUUAGCAGCUGGUAUGGUUCCUAGUUCGAGUGAAGUUAAUACAUGUCAAUUAGGGGACUGCGUGGGAGUGUCGCCUCAUUCCAAAAGUAGCGUCUGACAUGUUACCCGAGCCCAGUAGCGGCAUCCAUGCGUACAAGUUGCGUCUGACAUGUUACCCGAGCCCAGUAGCGGCAUCCAUGCGUACAUGUUGCGUCUGACAUGUUACCCGAGCCCAGUAGCGGCAUCCAUGCGUACAAGUUGCGUCUGACAUGUUACCCGAGCCCAGUAGCGGCAUCCAUGCGUACAAGUUGCGUCUGACAUGUUACCCGAGCCCAGUAGCGGCAUCCAUGCGUACAAGUUGCGUCUGACAUGUUACCCGAGCCCAGUAGCGGCAUCCAUGCGUACAAGUUGCGUCUGACAUGUUACCCGAGCCCAGUAGCGGCAUCCAUGCGUACAUGUAGAUUAGUCAUUCGCUUGACGAACGCACAAUUGAGUUUUGUUUACGAAAUUUUAGUCCUGCAAUGACCAAAGGAGGCGACACUAAAAUAACGUGCCAUCUAGUUUAGGUUAAUCUCGUAUACAAUAUUAUAUAUUGUCCGUUAAAAUAUAUUUACCAUUUACAGAAUUCUUGUGUCUAUACAAAAUGUUUUUCAUGUACUCUUGUUUUGAGAGCCUAUUACAUAUUUGAAAAUUUUUUCAUGCGUAGGCAUACACUAUGUUGUAAAAAUUUGGUUCAUUCAAUCUUGCAAUGAACCAGCACGAGCUGAAAUAUUAUUGAAAAGCCUCAGUAAGUAACGUUGCAAUAAUUUAGUAGGUACAAUAUUAUGGAAGUUUAGAACGGAACACAGACAUUUACUCUGGCAUCUUUGUGUAUCUUAUCAAGUCGAAACUUGCACGUCUAUAUCUAUAUAUAUACAUUAUAUUCGGCGUUAUAUUCGAAAGAGCUUCAUAUUAAUUGUCCAUAAAGAUAUGGAGUGCACCAGUUAUACAUGUAGCCUACGGUAUAAGUAGUAACAUAGGGUUACAUAUUGAAUAUUCGAGUCGAUAGUUAUUGCAAAAGUAGGUCACAAUACCUGUCACAAUGUGCAGGGUUAUGAAAACUUAUUCAAAAAUUAAUUAAUAUUUCUGCAAAAUUUAAUCCAAUAUCUUAGUAAGUGUUCCGUCAAAUGUGUUGCUCGUCAGCAAUUUUCAAAAAUUGCAAUUUAUAUACCAUUACCAUUAAACAUUGGUCGUAACACUAUAUCCACUACGUGACAUGCGCCAAAUUAUAUAUUUUUGUAGAUAUUCGAUUUAAAUGUUCAAAAUUUAGCUGUUUUAUUUGAAUGCUGCAUUUUCACCUAAAUGUAUCAAAUAUAGGAACGAGUUUGAAUCUUUAAUAUUCUCAUAGGGUAGCAUUUUUUAGAUAUUUGCAGGGACCUUUAGGUGAAAUGCCUCAUUGAAAUAUGCAGCCAGUUUGCCCGUGACAGUACAAUACACAAGAGUAGAACCAAUCAUACUAACUAAGUGAGAUUAAAUAAAAGCUUGAGAAAAUAACAGAUUUUCACAGAAUUGAUUGUAAAUUGUAACUAUAACUACAUUGAUGUUACUCGUAUUGUAGCUCACUGGAGUAAACACUGCUAGGGUUGUAGACCUUGGAGUACUGACUUUAGUUAUGCUACCCUUUGCUCAAAAUACGCGUUAUUAUAAAAUACACAAUAAUACGUAAUAGUCAAUAUUAUAGACAAGCCUGUCGUAAAACUUGCAUAAAAAUUAAUUCAUUUUAACCUCUAAAAAGUAUUAUAAAAUAAUAUUAUUAUAAUAAUAAAUAUAAGAGCAAUUUCCCUAUUGUAAUUUAUAUAAAGUCAGUCAUUACUUAUACAUUGUAUUGGUUAUUAUUUUUACGUUAAUACAUACUAUGUACUUAACAUUAAAAGCUAACAUAUUCAAAUUUUACCAUACCACCUAUAAUGUGUGAUAUUUUGUUAUUAGUACACGAUUUUCUUUAACCUUUUCGACGCCGUGUCAAACACAAAAGCUGUCACUCGGACGCCACGUCACCGAAAUGUCAAAUUGAACUUUAUGCACAUGCACGUUCUACGUUGCUCUGUGGUCUUUGACCGAUUAAUCGGUCUUUGGCGUUGGACCUGCGGUGCCGAUAUAUCCGUCAUUGGCGUCCAAAAGGUUAAACCUCGCUCUCUACGUAUAAGAAGUUUACAAUUAUUCAAAGCAAACUUUAAUAAUAAAAAAUCGGCUUUAGAAACACGUUUUAAAUCUUUCGAACAAACGGUGAAAAUCUGUUAUAAUAAAUAUAAGUAUUUUUAACCUUACGAGACCCUAUUUAACACAUGUUUGUCAACUAUCCAUAUUGAUUGUUUCCGAGCUAUAAUAUGGUAAGAUCCAAUAAUUUAUUGUAGUAAUAACAAUAGGAAAGUAACACAUUGUAUGAAACGUUUGUACUUAAUUAGUAAUAGUUUAUUUUGUUGUGUGUAUUGAUUGAGACACAGACAGGUCUUGCUUGAAUUGAAUGCGAAUACACUAGCGACAUGUAAUGUGAUAUGAGCAAUAAUUGAGAGACAACAGUAAGACUAGCUCGCGCCGGGCCGGGAGGAGCGGCCGGGGUCGAGUCUGAAUCCUCUAUUGAUUAGUGAGUAACUUUUCGGUUUAUUUUUCAUAUUGUUUUUAAGUUAUUUGUUUCAGGAUUUUUGUCCCGAUAGCAUUAGGGAAUUUUAUUUUCUUUAUUUUAUCUAGGUUUAAAAUAACGAGUCUACAUACCCCUCGCGGACGAGUAGGUGUGGUUAAUACUCUGAUUUUGUCAUUUUACUAUUUUGUUUAAUUAUACGUUCUGGGCCUAUUAUUUAAAUAGUAUUUUUGGCCAGUGUGUUUAGGCCUUUAGAGUUACGAAUUUUUACUGCCAAAUUAUUUUCUUACGAUAUUUGUGGCAUAGUAAUUAUUUAAAUGUAUGAUAUUUGUAAAAAUAAGUUAAUAAUUGUUGCCAAUUUUUUGUUUAUUAAUAUUCAGGGUUUUAAUAUUAUAAUGUUCAAUUUUUAUUUGUUGUCAUUGAUCAAAAUUAUUGCGUGUUAGAGCGGUAGAAGUAACCGGCGUAGAAGUUAUGAAGCCCCAAAGGGAGCGUAUGACGCUAAUGUUGCAUAAAAAUUAUUAAAAAGUGGUGUGAUAAGUUUUGGAUAAUUUUACAAAUUAUACUAUUUUGUGUGAAUUCCAAUAUUAAUAAAUUUAACGGUGAAAUAUCAUUGUAACCUGUAAUUUCCCAAACAUCUUAAAUAUGAACCUUGUAUUUGAAAGUAUUAUAGUUUGUAUGUUCUAACCAUCAUUUACAUCGAUUGUGAUCGUUUCGUCGACAGAGUUUCCUUUGUUCUUGCCAUAUAUUUACGUAGAUGUCAAUGUAGACAUUUUAGUAGUUGUUAGAAUUCCAAUUGGAUAUACACGACAGUAUCACAAGUUUGCCUGUACGGUGUAUGUUGUACGGUGUACGGUGUACGGUGGCGUUGUUUAGAAAUGUUUAUUAGACAGCGGCGCGCGGCGUAUUGGCCGCGCGUCGCUCGGCUGUAUAUUCUUGCUGUAGCAAGUACCUACGCACUUUGUCAUGGAUAAUGGCAAGUCAAAUGGUAUUUAUUGUCCAUUGACAUUACUCGAUAAUAAUUGUAUCAUUAGAGUACAUUACAGUAGCCUUUCUCGAGAUCUUAAAAGUUACCUAUAUACACUUUAAAAACAAUUUUUGGUAAAUAUAUUUCUCUUGAAUCUAUUCCCUUAUGUAUUCAGCAAUAAAUUACUUCUGUAGUUGUAGAAUCACCGUAUGUGGCACUGGUCGACUGCGAACCUCGUCGGCAUUGAGCGAUUCAAUGUUUGCGCGUUGCGAGGUCAAUGCCAGGACGGCACACCAUGAAAGAUUUUGGAAUUUGUGAGCUAAGCUGAGCUAAAGUUUCGUACCUAUUUUGUGUUAUUUGGUGCCUAGCGCUAAAUCAAUAAUACCUGUGUGUAUAAAAGAAGAAUGUUACGAGGAAAGAAGACCGUUCCAGUCAGAAUGACCGGAGCACGUCGGCUUCAUGUAUGUAAAAUCUGUACCUGAUUUAGUCAGCGUUGCAGGUAGUUACAGGUCGAUUCACGAAAGCUGGCGCGAAUAGAAUGAAUGAAACGAAUUAUAUCUGUCAUUGUGUGACUGACACAUGUAUCCGUAUACAGCCAGUCACCAUUUUAUUGGUUUAUCUGUUACACACAUAGAUAUUUCCAUUCACUCAUUCAUUCCAUUCGGGUUAGCUUUCGGAAAUCGACCUGUACGGUCAAGUUCACAAUCACCUUACAAUCCAACGUUCCAAAAUUAUAUUUACACGACCUUGUCAGUGGGUUAGAGGCGUGUAAAUAUAUUUUUGGAACGUUGGCCUGUGAAGAUUUUGUGAACUCGACUGUACAGCACUAUGUUCCAAAAUGUCUAAGGGCGGAGCUAGAGUGUCGUUCAGGUUCACGUAGCGGGUCGGUUCGGCUGGCGUGGCGUUGCCAGUGUCGCGUGCGGUGAGUGGUAGGGUUCGCAGCGCACAAGCUGAGCUCUCAUGUUACCCUCCCUAUUGGAGGUGGGCGUAUUGCCUAUGUUGUGGCACCAAGCACAGCUCAAUGGUUCCGUGGAGUGUUGUGGCAUAACGAGUCUAUUAACGAGGACACAUUUCCGCUGGGUGGAAUUAAAGUUUGAUACGGCAUCCUUAUCUAAUUCCAUUAUCUCGCAGUGACGGUAAAGACAGCAUGCUCAAAGAUUGAAAACGAUUUAAUUUUAUUCACCCUUACCAAUUUAAUCUCCACUGUUCUGAAAUUACAUAACUCGUAAUAAAUAAGGUUGUGAGCUCUAUUCCCAUUGGAAUUAUAAGCCACAUGUGUGCUUGUGCAAUAAAUAUCACAGUUUGGAUCUAGGCUUUUAAAUUAUUAUAGAUUAUAUACAUUGUUGAGCUGAUUAUAAAAAUUUAAUAUAUUAUUAUACCUUUUAAUAUUGUUAAAGAAUUCUAAUUGCAUUCCACAUCUUAGAGUGAACGAAUUUGAGAUGACCGUUUUCAAUCUACAUUAUACAAGUUAUUUUUUUUACAUGUAGGAUUAUUAGCAGUUGCCAAUGUUUUUUUCCUUUAGUCAGUAAAAGUACAAAUAUUUUAAUAUACAAUUCUUGGUAUUUACGUAUUGUAGUGAUCUUAUGUUUAAUUGACUAACUUUAAGCAUAAUUUUUUGUUCACAUGAUGGCCAUUUAAGUAUUACUCAUCUCACAAUUUUCACAAAUUAUUCAGUACUUGACAAAACAUAUCAUCCAAAACAAAAUGAUUAUUUUAGUUUACAUAGAAUCUGCCUGCAUAUUCCGAUCUUACAUACGUUUGUUAACUUAACAUACUUGUUUCUUAUUAUUACGGUAAAUGGCUAUUUCUUUUGUUUUGAAAUUAGACUUAAGUAUAUUGUAAGCAUAUGUUUUUGUCGUUUCUGUGUCGAAAAAUGUAAAAUUUAUUAUAAUAAUUUGUGUGAAAGGUGCAUGUAAAAAUGCAAAAUAAUUAUGCUCCAAAGAUUCAUUUUAUUCGUUAUGUUCGAUUUAAAAUUCUUACAAUAAAACUAUGACAUUUGUGGAGUGCGCAUCAGUAGGUGUUCGAUAUAGAAAGUAUGAAUUUUGGUAGAGUUGGUGCAGCCGAGCAAAUCUCUACUAUAUUCUCUUAAGAAUAUAUUGCUCAAAAAUUAUUUUAAUUCUGUUGAAAGUGUUUUAAUCUUAGGAGUACCUACCUAGUCCACAUCGAAUAUUUUGGAUGGCUGGACUUGACACGAAAUUAUAAUUAUCUAACAGACAAUACCCUCCGUGAAUAUUUGAAACAUUGUAAAGUUGAAGUUUAUUAGAUAUAGUUAUUUGUCUUUGCGGCGGCUUGCCGCGGGAGCGAGCUGCAGGGGGCUUCAGUAGCACCAGCACAGUAGCGUACCACUGCCUCUGACAUGCCUAAUACAACAUGCAAUCACUCAUGUUCAUGUGGUGUUACUAUUAUCGGACAUUCUUUAUUUGAUUAAGAGGCCGGUGUCGAUUUUAGUCGCAAAAAUGUAAAAUUGAUAGAUUUAGUCGGUGAAAUUGUACACCUUUUGUUACCUAAUUGAAAUAACAAGUACUGGUUUCUAUUAGAACGUCUUCUUAUCUUGCCUUUUAUCAGAUCAGUUUUUUGAAAACAGACUCACUAAAUUAGUAAUGUUGGAUUUUCUGAUGGACGUUUAGGUAAACGCGCGUAAAGCACUGAUUUUGUCGCUCUUAUUUGUAAAUUUCUUAAAGUUUGGAUGUUUAGACAUGGUAAUUUUGUAUUACACAUAUCCUGUACUUGGCGUUUAUCAGACUACAUUUUUAUUAUUAUGACUUUGAAGUAGUGUAAAUGAAAGUUAGACGAAAUCAAUUUUCUCCAGAAAUUACUUCAAAACAAGUGACAAUUUCUCUGAAAAUCGACUUAAUUUCAACAUAAUUUUGAUACUUAAACAAUCUACAACAUUUGCUGAAACUAUUCUUAUACAUCAAUUUGUAUAAUUUACCACCAUAAAUUUUUGAUGAAUUUUUAAAAACUACCCCUUCUUUUCAUAUAUUACCGGUGACGCACGCUCGCGAUCUGAUUAUUUAAAGGCAAGAUGAGAAGAGGUGCUAAUAGAAACCAAUACUUGUUAUUUAGAUAUUACGUAACAAAACGUGUAUAAUUUCAACGACUAAAUCUAUCAAUUUUAAAUUUUUGCUCCAAAAUCGACUACGGCCCCUUAAGAUCAGUGCUACCUAAACAGACUGCGGGGAAUUACGUACACAAGCGUAUUUCUCAUUAAAGUUAACAUUAAACGCCACCGCCAAAGAAAACUCAAUCUGAUUUUGAUUGUUGCAACUCAAUAACCGCCGCUUUAUCGAUCAGGCCAGCAACUGCAUGCUGUUAACAGUGUUAACACGUUCCCUGUCCGGGUGCUCCCAGGGUCACGAAGCUUUUUUCAGGAGUCCGUGCUUCCACUAUGGGUUCGCAACUUCAAAGUGAAAGCACACUUGGAUGUGUGAUCGUGUCAUAUCAUUUUGUAUGGGGACAGUGAACGUGUUAAAUGCACGCAUACGCUCUUGUGAAGGAAUACCUCGCAUAUGGAUUUGGCAGCAGUGACCUUAAAUAUAUAAUUACUUAUUUUAGAGCAUACCUAGGCGUUCUCAGAGCGCCCGGUUAAUUUGUGUCAAUUUUAUACGAAUAAGGUUUUGCUUUCGUCGAUUGUCAAAUAAGAAUCUAAUUCGUAGCAAUAAUGUGCUAUUUAUGACUGCAAAAAUUGGCACAAGUGUUUGCUUGGGAGUGGGUUUGUGUAACGACAUAUUUCUAGUUGGUGUCGGAAAUCCGUAAAACAGUGGCAGUAGCUUAUCCUCGGUAUACGUUGUGUGAUGGUGUUGACUGUACGAAGAUAAAACUUUUUGCCCCACAGUCAACGAAAUAUAUUAUAUAUUAUAAUCCAUACAGGAGUCUCUGCUGCAUUGUGCCUAGAUCUUAGAAGUUAAUGGUAUCAAAGUAGAGUUAAUCUCAGAUAUUUUGGCUCUUUUAAUAUUCCAUGAUAUUAUUUCGUUUUGCAUGAAAAUGUAUUUAUAUUAUAUACAUAAAUACACUUAGUAAUAUUGUAUACAUGAAUAUACAUUGCGUGGUUUGUAACCUGAUGUUUAAUUUUAUUGUAAUGAAACUUAUUGUUAAGAUGCCCAACUGGUGAAACUGUCCACGGUUGGUCAUGAGACCUGUAAAUGGGGUCUCUUUCAACGAGAUGGUUUGAACUGUCAAUUUACUCCUGUGGACAGAAGUAGAGUUUAUUUGUUUGAACUAGUUGAACAUCUUACUUUGACCAAAUUAUUAAUACCGCUAACGUUACUAGGAAAUACUAUAGUUCACUCGUUCUUUUGUUUAGUUUUUAAGACGAGUGCGGUUUUCAAGUGACCUUAGCGGUUUUUUUUUCAUAAUUUUAAGUUUAUUCUUGUGAAUUGUGGCCAGGAUAACAACAGUAAGCAGCAGUGUAUUACAGAGCCUGCCUAAAAUAUAUUUUUGUCAUGAUUUUAUUUAGGUAUAUACAUGUUAUUAUUCACGUAUUACAGUUUUGUCAACAUUAGCUUGUAUUUUAAUUAAGAAAUAAUCAUAUUUAACAUUGCCAGGUGAUCAGCAACCUGCACUUUAAUAUUUUUGGAAACUAUUGAACUUAAAUUGUACUGACUUUAUAAAUAUAUUUACUUCAAUAAAGAUUUUCCAUGCCACUAAAA